AUGUCGUCGCAAGCCCCUCACAACACCCUUCUCAUCCCAGGGCCCAUCGAAUUCGACGAUGCGGUCCUGCAGUCCAUGUCUCAUUAUGCAGAGGUCCUCAGUGAGAGCCAUGUCGGCCCAGCCUUUGUGAAGACCUUCGGGGAGACCCUGACGCUGCUCCGGAAGCUCUUCCAGACCACCUCUCCUACUGCGCAACCGUUUGUGAUUUCCGGCAGCGGAACUCUGGGGUGGGAUAUCGUAGCCUCGAACCUGAUCGAGCGGGGAGAGGACGCCCUGGUCCUGCACACCGGCUACUUUGGAGACUCGUUUGCUGCUGCUCUGGAGACGUACGGUGUGCGGGCGACUCAGCUCAAGGCCCCGAUUGGGGAGCGUCCUUCCCUGGCCGAGAUUGAAGAGGCGCUCAAGCAGAAGCCAUACAAGAUCAUUACCAUCACGCACGUCGACACUUCGACGGGAGUGCUGAGUGACAUCAAAGCGAUAGCGGAGCUGGUCCGCCGCGUCAGCCCCGACACGCUGGUCGUCGUCGAUGGCGUCUGCAGCGUCGGAUGCGAGGAGAUCGCCUUCGACGCCUGGGACCUGGACGUUGUGUUGACCGCGAGCCAGAAGGCCAUCGGCUGCCCGCCGGGCCUCAGCAUCCUGAUGCUCUCCGGCCGUGCUCUCGACCGAUUCAAGUCGCGCAAGACGCCUCCCGCGUCGUACUACGCCUCGAUUGCCAACUGGCUGCCGAUCAUGCAGAACUACGAGGCCGGGAAGCCGUCCUACUUCGCCACGCCGCCCACGCAGCUCAUUCACGCUCUCCACACCAGUCUGACGAAGAUCACCUCGCGGCCUCUGGCAGAGCGCUUCGCGAUCCACGCCAAGACGUCUGACAAGGUCAAGGCUGCAGUGGCCGAGCUGGGUCUGACGCAGCUGGCCACCAAGCCGGAGAACCAGUCCCACGCCAUGACUGCCAUCCGUCUGCCGCAAGGCAUGACUGCGCCAGACAUCCUUCCGGCCCUGCUGAAGCGGGGCGUCGUGUUCGCGGCGGGCUUGCACAAGGAGAUUGCGCCGCUGUACAUCCGCUUCGGACACAUGGGCGUCAGCGUCACUGAGCCUGGACGAAAUGACAUCGACAAGGCCAUUGCUGCUCUGAAGGAGGCAUACGCUGAGGUGAAGCAAGCUAAGGGAUUGUGA